CAACAACCCACCACAUACACUGAACAACACCUUCUCAACAUGAGACGUGAUCAUCAGGACACAUAUACAGCCUCUGGAGAUCAAGACUCGAGACCAACUCAAAACUGCCCAACGGAUCCAACACUCAGUUCAGACUCACAGAGAAAUGAGGACUCAUUUAAAGCAGGCGCUGGAGAUCAAGACUCGAGACCAACUCUGAAUGACAUGAAGCCUACAAACUUGAGGAACCCAACGGACCGAAAACACAGUUCAGACUCACAGCGAAAUGAGCAGACCCCACCAUCAUCAAACAGAGAUGGUCAGUUUUCUAAUGAUAAGGGCUCACACACAUCAGGAGCUGAAGGUCUAGACUCCAGAACAGCUCGGAGUGACAUGAAGAAACAAAGCAGGAUCGGCUCAAUGGAUCGAACACACAGUUCAGACUCGCAGACAGAAGAGGACAAUCGUAAAGUUGGGGAUGAAUCACAGUCUUCAGCACCACUGGAUAUUGCUAAAUUUAUAAUCAAAGUGGACUGGAGAGGACCAUUUCCAGAGAGAUGGAGAGCAACAUUAGAGAUAGCCGUUCAGAGCUGGUUGUUAAAGGACCUGGAAGGAAAAGUGUCUGUCCACCUCAUUAAACUCAUGGAUGAUCCGUCCUGUGCAGAGGUGCAGAUAAUACCAUCAGCAGCUCUGGAAACUAUAAAAAAGUUAAAGUCUAUACUUUUGGCCUUUAAACAUGAAAAAAAGGAAGUAACUGCAUGGAUCGAUCAAGGUAAUACACUUUCUGUGACUGGACAACAAAACCCCUCCAUGCUGGACGAGAGCAGAUUUUCACCACCACAGAUGAACAGCGCUGUACCAUCAGAAGUUGCUGCAACUAACAGUGGACUCGUUGUCCCCCUCUAUCAGUUCUGGUACAUGCAUCACGCUUACAGAAAGGAGAUGCAGCAAAUUGAGAAACAGCAUGGAGUCUCUAUUGGUGCAGAAGUGUUGGUCUCAAUCAAACCUACCAAGAGCCCAAGCCCUGAUUCUGUGUCUAAAGCGUCUUAUGACUUUGAGAAACUUGUUCAGGAAUGUGUUGGUAGUUUUAGUCAUGCUGCCAUUAAUCAUAAUCACAUGGAUUCAGAUAUUGUGAAGCAGGCCCUUCGUUUCAUCCAGUCAGAGGAGGCAAAGAUGAUGUUCACCAUGUCUGCCAGUGACUGCUGGUUCUUUGGACCGAAGAAAUAUACAGACGUGAUUAAAAGAGACGAAGAAGGAACAAGAAUGGAAAGCCAAUUCAAAGACAAAUCAAGUCAAAUGAAUAAAGACUUUUCUCCACAAAACAGGUCUUCAUUUAACAUGGACACAAAGGAUCUUCCAACUCAUCUUGAGAUGGACACGGUUCAUUGGGAUCUGAUGAAACUUUCCUAUAAGGAGCAAUUAUCACAGCUUGAAACAAAGUACGGAGUGUCAUUUAAUGAAGAAAAACAGCAGAAAAAUGUAACCAUUAAAGUUCAAGCUCGAUCCAAAGGAGUUCAACAUAUUAAUCUUGAAAGUCAUGCCAUCAGAGCUUUAACACAACUCUACCAGAAACUUGCAUCGGCCGCUGUCACCUGUGAACUCAAAAACCCUACAGACGCAACUCUUGUGGCAUCAGAAGUAGAGAAACUUCAGCAGGAGCAUCAUUGUGUUGUUGCAGAAGAUGCAUUGAGUGGCUGGAGGCUCGUUGGACUGCCAGAACAUCUCGGUCCUGCCAUUGCUGAAAUUGAGAAGAUGCUUCAGAAAAGAGUGUUUGAUGACAAGAAGAAGAAAUCGAUUGGUUACUCGGAGGACUUUCCUCAUGCAAGAGGAAUCCAAUGGAAUCAGAUGCCUGAUUAUGGACAAGGAGCAGUGGGAGGAUCAGUACGGGAAGAGGGAGUGAAUUUUAAAGGGUGGAGUGAAGCUGAUAAGGGUUUCAUUGAUGAUCUAAAAGAAAAUUCUAGAAAUGACAGUAAAGAUGCUCAGGCUGAAGAGGAGACGUGUCCUAUUUGUAUGGACAGUUUCACUGACAAGAGAAAACUGAAAUGUGGGCAUGAAUUCUGUCAGAAUUGUAUUCGCUUGUCAGUGGAGAGUAUGGGAUCCAUCUGUCCUGUGUGUAAGGAAGUCUUUGGGAUUUUGGAGGGAAACCAACCGGAUGGAACAAUGCGUGUAACAAACAGCAGAAUGAGUCUCGCUGGAUAUCCAAGUUGUGGCACUAUUGAAAUUCACUAUGACAUACCCAGUGGUAUUCAAACGAAGCAGCAUCCAAACCCUGGACAGCGUUUUCAUGGGACAACUCGUCACGCAUACUUGCCAGACAAUCCUGAAGGAAAUGAAGUGCUCAAACUGCUGGACAGGGCUUUUAAACAGAAACUGAUCUUUACUGUCGGGAAAUCUACAACUACGGGUGCAGAUAAUAUGGUCACCUGGAAUGAUAUUCAUCAUAAGACUGGUACACACGGUGGAAGUUUUUCUUAUCCAGACCCUGACUACCUGAAGAGAGUGAAAGAGGAGUUAAAGGCCAAAGGCAUUGAAUAAGAAUUUGAUUUGUAUGUUUCAAAAAGCACAUCUUAAAGUUUGUAUUACAGCAAAAUUAGUCGAUUGAAUCUUAAUAUGAAGGGUUACUUAUGCAAGUAGAAUAUUUCAGUUUUUCAUUUUCUUUUAAAUAUCUACUCAGAAACACCUCAUAUUGGCUUCACUUAGGGCAAAUUAAUAUGAAAUAAAGAAUUGUUGGUAAAAUGUGUAUGUAUCAAUUUAUAUAAAAAAAAGAGAGCAUUGUACAAUGUGUCUAAAUACAUUACUUUCCCCAGGCGUUUUAUAAAAUGUGUGCUUUUAAUUAAGGUGAUGGCUUUCAUGAUGUUUAAUUGGAAUAAAAUGUUUUAGCUAUGUGAUUUUCAUGCUUAAAUGCUGCUGAAUAGUCAAGUGAGCAUAUAAAGUACAAGUAAAGGCA